AUGCGCAUUACUACAGGAUCUUGUUGGGAAAGCAGGUGUGGGGGUGGGGAUCCGGCCGCAGGAGGGUUGGAUGGUAAUAAUAUAUCAACCUUAUUUCCCGCACUCUUCUCCCCUCACCGUCUAGACUCUCUCCUCUAACCGCUUUUCCUCCUUAACCGGAACAACACAACACUCACCACCGACUGAAGCACUGUACGAUGCCCAGGCGAAAGCAAUGGCGCCUCUCGCAGGAAAGAUAUCUGCAGGAUCAAGCUGCACGUUCUUGGAUCUGUCAAGAUGUCGACUGACAAGAUCACCUUUCUGACGAACUGGCACGCCACGCCGUACCACGCUCCGCUGUACCUGGCCCAGGCCAAAGGUUACUUCAAAGAUGAGGGCAUCAAGGUUGCCUUGCUCGAGCCUAAUGACCCCAGCGAUGUGACCGAGAUCAUCGGCACCGGCAAGGUCGACCUCGGCUUCAAGGCCAUGAUACACACUCUUGCGGCCAAAGCCCGCAACUUCCCAGUCUUGUCCAUCGGCAGCCUGCUGGAUGAGCCCUUCACUGGCGUCGUGUACCUCAAGUCGUCGGGCAUCACGUCCGACUUCCGCACCCUCAAGGGCAAGCGGAUCGGCUACGUCGGCGAGUUCGGCAAGAUCCAGAUUGACGAGCUGACGUCGCAUUACGGCAUGUCGCCGGCCGACUACACCGCCGUCCGCUGCGGCAUGAACGUGUCAAAGGCCAUCAUUGAGGGCACCAUCGACGCGGGCAUCGGGCUCGAGAACGUCCAAAUGGUCGAACUCGAGGAGUGGCUGGCGUCGCAGGGCCGCCCCAAGACGGACGUGCAGAUGCUCCGCAUCGACGAGCUCGCAGAGCUGGGCUGCUGCUGCUUCUGCACCAUCCUCUACAUCGGAAACGAACGCUUCGUGGCCGAGAACCCGGACAAGGUGCGCGCCUUCCUGCGCGCCGUCAAGCGCGCCACCGACUUCGUCCUGGCCCAGCCCGAGCAGGCCUGGAAGGAGUACGUCGACUUCAAGCCGGUCAUGGGCACCCCGCUCAACCGCAAGAUCUUUGAGCGCAGCUUCGCCUACUUCUCGCGCGACCUCAAGAACGUCAAGCGCGACUGGGACAAGGUCACCAGGUACGGCAAGCGCCUCGGCGUCCUGGACGAGAGCUUCGAGCCCAACUACACCAACGAGUUCCUCGAGUGGCCCCUCACGCCGGACUCGACCGACCCAACCGGCGACCAGAGGAGGAUGGCGGAGAUCCAGAAGGACGUCGCCUGCUGCGGCGGCUUCCGCCGUCUUGAGGGCCGCGUCGAGGCUUGAGUCCUAGACCCCGUUUUGGUGGGGGCCGCAGAGGCCCGGUGACUUUUGGUUCAUCACUUAUGGAAGGGGAGAUUGAUGCAUGGGAGCCAUAUGUAUGGCAUACCGACCGUUGUCAUUCCUUGCAGGAUCAAUUCCACACGACAUGCACCUUGCCAAGCCAGUAAAAACAUUACGUAUAUACGCGGUAAUGUAGCCAGGCAAUACAUUCAUUUUCCUGCAUAUUGCAGACACCUUGAUAGAUGAUUAAUUAACUAAUCUGUAUUAACUAUUUUACAGAGUAGCUAUCUUUUAUAUAUUUUUUC